CCCCGCGGCCCCCGAGCCCGCCGCCCGCCCGGCUGCCGCUCCCGGCGUGCCCCGCACUCCCCGCCGCCCGCCGCCGGCCCCUCCUUCUUUCUCGUCCCAGUGCACCGAGCCGGAGCCGAGCCGCCGCCGCCGCAGCCUCAGCCGCGGGCACUAUGGCAUCUGGAGUUACAGUGAAUGAUGAAGUCAUCAAAGUUUUUAAUGAUAUGAAAGUAAGAAAAUCUUCUACACAAGAGGAGAUCAAAAAAAGAAAGAAAGCAGUUCUCUUCUGUUUAAGCGAUGACAAAAGACAAAUAAUUGUAGAGGAAGCGAAGCAGAUCCUGGUGGGUGACAUUGGUGAUACUGUAGAGGACCCCUACACAUCUUUUGUGAAGUUGCUCCCUCUGAACGAUUGCCGAUAUGCUUUGUACGAUGCCACAUACGAAACAAAAGAGUCUAAGAAAGAAGACCUAGUAUUUAUAUUCUGGGCUCCUGAAAGUGCUCCGUUAAAAAGCAAGAUGAUUUAUGCUAGCUCUAAAGAUGCCAUUAAAAAGAAAUUUACAGGUAUUAAACAUGAGUGGCAAGUAAAUGGCCUGGACGAUAUUAAAGACCGCUCGACACUGGGAGAGAAACUGGGAGGCAGUGUGGUCGUUUCUCUCGAAGGAAAGCCACUAUAAAAUAAUAGCCAAGUGCCAUUUGAUCUUAAGGGGCUUACAUUUCUCCAGCUCAGUCCACUGGAAUCGUAUUAGGUUCUGUUUUUUUGUUUAUUCCCUUUCCACUGGUCCCUUUCAACACAAUGAAUGAAUGAAUGAGUUUAAGAAGCCUGUCAGUGAUUGCCAUUAGACUGUUUAAUGCGGCUACUUUUAUGUAGAACCCGAGGAAUGCCUUCCCCGUCUUAUUUUAGCCAAAACAGCUGGUUCCAUGCCUUCCUUGCAGUGAGCACAGUAGCGGAUGUGACUGUCAAUGUGAAUGGCUUAGAGUGCUGCAGGGGUGGAUGCUACAAGCUAAGUGAAUGCCUUGGAAGUAUUAUCCCCUGCUCAGAUGGGAAACUCUUCAGUAUUAUUUAUAGUUGCACUUGAUUACAGUUCUCUGAGGUGCUGGAGCAUUCAUACGCCUCACCUGCCUUGGCAAGCCUGUUUUUAUGACAUGGUAGCACAGAUUUAACACUAUGCGCUAAAAGCACUUUUUUUUUGUAAUUCAUUUAAUCCCUUAAAAAGAAUGCCAAUUAAGUUUCAUUACCCGUCAUUAAUUCAUCAUAGUAUCUCAGAGUUCAUUCCUCUUACCUGCCUAUUUUCUUCAGUGUUGAUGUCUUUGGUUUCCCAUUGAGUGUACGCUACUGAAUAAAUGUAGGAGUUUUAUGUUUACCGUAUGAGUCUUGAAACCCGAUGUUUUGAAUAUCAGUCAUGAUGGCAAUUUCUGUACAAAAGAGCCUUAAAUGGAACAUUGUUUUGAGAUCAGACCUCUGCCCUCACGAAAGUGGCCACGUUGCAAUAAAAAUUGUGGCAUAUUACAGAA